AUGGAUAAUCUCAAAAAGCUAAAUGAUAUUUUUAAAGUAUUGGAGUAUCUACGUAAUGCAAUCUAUAGAAUAGAAUGUGCUAUGUGUCCAUACAUACAAAUAAUUACAGCAAAUACAUAUAAAAAAGAAAAAUCGAUUAUACCAGAAAUAGAGGAAAUGGCUAUAAAAGUAAUAGAUAUAGCUAGUAAAAUACGUAAUGAAAUGGACUUCCAGCUGCGUAUUAAAACAAUCCCAGAUAAAACGACAGGUGUUAAUGAGAUAAAAGAGCUAGAAACAGAAUUAAUAUUAGAAGAAAUUCGGGUUAAGCAUUAUAUGUGUGAAGUAGUUCAAACCUCCAUAUUUUAA